GGCUCAUGCGACUGUGCACAAUUUGACAUGCUCUCUGUUUCCUGGACUCUCGUUGCCCUGACGGCUUGAGUUCGUACAGCUGCAUCAUCAGAAUGCCGGUCAAGCCAACAGCCACCACUGCGGAGGCUGAGGAUGAAGAAGAACGCCAAUACGUCGUAGGGGGACAAACGCUGCAGGAGUUGGAUGAAAAAUAUCCCAACCGCCCAAAAAACCACUCCAAGACGCUGCUCUUCUCGGAGCUCUACCUGAAUCUCUUCAACCCCCUGAACGAGAACAAAAAGCAGCCCUCGGGGCCGCCAAGAUCCAAGGUCGGCCCGCAUGGCCCCAGCAAACACUCUCCACAGGAGCAGCGACGUGCCAUCAUCGAGCGCUUUAUAUCCCGCUGGCGCAAAGAAGUCGGCAACGAUUUUUACCCUGCUCUCCGUCUCAUCCUGCCAGCAUCGGAUCGUGACCGCGGCAAUUACGGUCUCAAAGAAAGCAAUAUUGGCAAACUCCUCGUCAAGCUGAUGAAAAUUGACAAGAAUUCCGAAGAUGGCUACAACAUCCUCCACUGGAAAUUACCUGGCCAGUCGGCUGCCAGUCGUAUGGCUGGUGACUUCGCCGGGCGUUGCUUCGAGGUCCUCUCAAAACGGCCAAUGCGCAUCGACCCUGGCGACAUGACCAUCGCCGACGUCAACGAGCUACUGGAUAAACUUGCCGUGGCCUUGGGUGAGGCUGAGCAGUUGCCUAUCUUCGAGACCUUCUACCAACGGAUGAACCCGGAAGAACUCAUGUGGCUGGUCCGCAUCAUCCUCAAGCAGAUGAAAGUCGGCGCUACUGAGCGUACUUUCCUUGAUCUGUGGCAUCCAGAAGGCGAGACACUAUUCAGCGUGUCGUCAAGCCUGCGACGUGUCUGCUGGGAGCUUCAUGAUCCAGCCUUUAGUCUCAACAAAGAGAGCCAGGACGUCACCAUUAUGCAGUGCUUCCAGCCUCAGCUCGCUCAGUUUCAGGUCUCGACUUCCUUUCAAAAGAUGGUAGAGCGACUCAACAGAUCGAGCCCCGUCGAGGACGACACAGAGUUUUGGAUCGAGGAGAAACUCGACGGCGAACGCAUGCAGCUUCAUAUGAUCGAAGACGAUUCGAUUCGAGGAGGCAAGAGAUUCUGUUUCUGGUCGCGAAAGGCAAAAGAUUACACUUACCUGUAUGGUGAAGGACUCUAUGACGAAAACUGCGCACUUACACGUCAUCUCAAGUCCGCGUUUGCUGAUGGGGUGAGAAAUAUUAUCCUGGACGGAGAGAUGAUCACAUGGGAUCCGACCAUGGACAAGAUCAUGCCCUUCGGCACCUUAAAGACCGCAGCGCUCGCAGAAGGACGCAACCCUGACGCGGAGGGACCACGGCCUGUCUUUCGAGUUUUCGAUAUUCUUUAUCUGAACGACCGGCCGCUUGCGCGAUACACAUUGCGAGACAGACAUAAUGCACUCGAACAAGCUGUGCCUGGUGCCCAUCGUCGGCUAGAGGUUCACCCGUACACGAAGGCGACCUCCGCUGAUGAGAUCGAGCCACUGCUUCGCAGAGUAGUGGCGGACUCGUCUGAGGGCUUGGUGCUCAAGAACCCCCGGUCUAUGUACAGGCUCAACUCGCGAAACGACGACUGGGUCAAGGUCAAGCCGGAGUACAUGGAUGAGUUCGGCGAGUCCGUAGACGUCGUGGUUAUCGGCGGAUUCUAUGGCUCUGGUCACCGUGGUGGCAACCUCUCGUCAUUUCUCUGUGGACUCCGAGCCACGGAGAAUGAUAUUGAGGCUGGUGCAAACCCCGAGAAGCAUUACAGCUUCUGCAAAGUGGGAGGUGGAUUUCGCGCCGAGGACUACGCUGCGCUUCGUCAUGAGACGGAUGGCAAAUGGCAGAAAUGGGACUCGAAGAAGCCACCGACCGAAUACAUCGAGCUCGGAGGACAAGCACAAGGCCAGCAGUGCGAAAAGCCCGACAUGUGGAUUCGUCCGAGCCAGUCUGUUGUGAUCUCAGUCAAGGCAGCCAGCGCAGGCUACUCGGAUCAGUUUGCGAAGCAGAUAACGUUACGCUUCCCUCGAUUCCGUUCGCUCAAACUCGACAAGUCAUGGGACGCAGCCUUGAAUUGGCAGGAGUUUCUCGAUCUAAAAAAAGGUGCAGAAGAGCAACUCAAGGAGGCAGCCAUGACGAUUGAGAAGAAAAGACGUGCUGUCAAGCGCGUCAAAAAGGACGUGGCCAUUGCGGGCCAAGACGAUGUACCACCCGAGUUCAAGGGCCUGGCAACCAAGAUCUUCGCUGGGCUGGAAAUGUGUAUUUUGACUGAAGGCGUAGGACCUGUCAAGAAGACUAAGACCCAGCUCGAGACGCUAGUCAAAACCAAUGGUGGAAAGGUGUCUCAACGCGCUAAUGCUGACAACGGGCAGAUCCUGAUUGCAGACAAGAAAGUUGUCAAAGUUGCCAGCCUGAUCAAGGCUGGUGAGGUUGACAUUAUUCGACCCAAGUGGAUACUUGACUGCCUUGCUCAGAGCGAUACAGACUUUCUUCUGCCGUACGAACCAUCGCACCUGUUCCAUGCGACAGAUGGCGUAAAAGCUAUGGCAGAGGACAACAUCGACGAGUUCGGUGAUAGCUAUGCUCGGGAGCUGGAUAUGGAGGAGCUGAAGACCUUGCUCAAGGACAUGCCAAAGAAAGAGAUUGCCAACUCUCAACACGCAUUUGACAAGGAGCUCUUCUUGCGCCAACUCUCUGAGCAUGGUCAUGAUAGCGGCGCGACCAAAGGCCAGAUUUUCCGAGGCCUGAACGUCUAUCUCGAAGAGGAGCAUGGCUUCCCCGAAAUCGCGAGUCUCAGGCUUCGGAAUUGGAUCACUUUCGGUGGCGGCCAUCUUGUUGCCGAUAUUAACGAUGAAACGAUCACACAGGUUGUGAUUUUGGCGCAGGAUGAGGUUGAGGAGGCACGACUGGCUACUUCGGCUCGAUCAACCAUUAGCACACGGUCGCCACUUCCCCGGGUGGUCACAAAGCAAUGGGUAGAAGACUGCUGGAAAAACGUGACUCGCGUAGACGAAGAGCGCUAUGCACCACUGUAAAGCCCUCAAGGCCCCCUGCAGAAGUCAUCAGCAAGGGAAUGGAAUGGCUGUAAGCUGAGAAGUUCAUCCUGGAGCUCAACACGGGGCACGAUUGUUCCAUGAUGUGAGCUCAAUAGCGGGCAAUAGUAACGAAACGACCCAAAGCCUAAAGAGCUAUCAAGUUGAGCGGUUUCGAAUGCUCGCUGGAGUGAAAUGAGCCGUGCAGAUCCAGCAAAGACGACAAGCAAAAUCGAUGUGACAAGC